CUUGAAGCUCCGUUGCGCGCGACCACUCGGCGUCUCCGAAGGAGCGCACGAUCCGCCGUAUGUUCGCCAAUGCUUCACACACCGUCUUGGGAAACGUAUCGUUCGAUGUUGGGGCACGUAGUCUGAUACGACAACCCGUGUCGCGCAAAUUCUACAAGAUACAAUGAAUCGCUGCUUAAUAAUAUCGGAGCAAUCGAUUUGGAAAUUAAGCAACCGUGCCCUUGCGACUGUGCGAGGGAAUUCGCAGUAAUAAUAGAGAAAAUAUGCAAUGUAACUCUACCUGCGAAGAUACUCAUCGAAUCUUGCCUCAUGUUUUACCAAGAGUGAACAGUGAAAACAGUGGAACGAGGAUGAUGAGUCGAAUACGCGAACAUUCGUGGGAACAAACGUGAAGUCUUGCGUUGUGUACGUCGGCUGUAACGCUGCAACAACGGUCCAAGAUGAGCGCUCUUGAUGAUGUCCAACAUGAGAGGCCCAUGUUCAAGACCAUGGGCCAUCACACGAAAUCCAACGCGAAUAUCGCGCUCAACGACAUGGGACAGGACGUGAGAGGUGGCAGAUUCAACAAGUCGACCCAGAGCGAUAUCACGCAAUCAGCGUGGAAGCUUCCCUGCGGCACGCAACGGCCGAGACCGAUGUCCCUGGCGUACCUGCCGGCGAAACAGACUCAGCCGAGCGAAUCAAGUUUCUCUACGUACAGCUCGCGUAGCACGCUGUAUCCCGUACAGAGCGAAUUGGUUCUGUCGUCCAGGAACAGGAACAGCAACAACGGCAACAAUAAAUAUGUAUCUCUGGACAUGAGAUCCAUGAUGACCAAUCUCCCGUAUCCUAGUCCGUACUCGAACAGCCACAUCUUGGGCGCCGGUACGCCGUACACAUGCUGCUGUACGUGUACGGGCUCGCAGUUGCCGCCACCGCCAACACCACCCUCGCAUCAUCGCAUUCAGGACGAUCAGGACGGGCCCGAGAGCCUCACGUGGAGGAGGCUUCACAUGAGCAGGGCUAAACUGAAAGCAACCGCAACCACAUCUGAGCUUCUUAGUGGAUUCGCAAUGGUGGCGAUGGUGGAACUGCAAAUCAACGAUCCGACCGCCGUGCCAGAGUGGCUAUUUGUAAUGUUCGCCGUCUGCACUACCUUCUUGGUAUCGGUGCACAUCUUUGCGUUGAUGAUAAGCACGUACCUUCUACCCAACAUCGAGGCCAUAAGUAAACUCCACGUCUCGCGUCUCGUAACGGAAUCGCCGCACGAGAGGAUGCGCGGUUUCAUCGAGUUGGCUUGGGCGUUCUCCACGAUACUGGGAUUGUUCCUCUUUCUGGUAGAGGUAGCUAUCCUCUGCUGGGUCAAAUUCUGGGACUACUCUUUUACCGCCGCCACUGCCAGCACCGUGAUAGUCAUUCCUGUGCUCAUAGUGUUUGUCGCUUUCGCCGUACAUUUUUAUCACUCAUUGGUGGUUUACAAGUAUGAGAGUGUGGUGUCGGACAUGAAGGACUUGGAGAGCAUAAAGAAGAAGUUGGACAAUGCGGUGAUAGGUCAAUCUAACGUAUAACAUACAAGUUGUAAUGUCACUUGUAAACGAAAGGAAACUUCUCGAAUUUGAGGUAAAAAUUUGAUCGAUAUUUCUUAUAGGAAUGCAAGAUUGAUUUGUCGCGAGUGAAUAUUCAGGAAAUAAGAAACGUUUCGAGGCUCGAGGAUGCGGUUAUAGGUUUAACGAGAAGAGACACGGGAAGAAGAUGUGCGGAUUUGUCAUGAAUAACAUUUCUGUUGAAACGCGACCAUACCAUAUGAAAAUGGUCAAGUUUUAUUAUAUAUAAAAAUGUACAUAGCUGUACACAUGCAAGUCAAGAAUUGCAACAGUACAAGCGCGAGUGCUCUUAGUAUAUUAUCUAUAAUAUUCAGCAUUUAAUAAUAUUCUGUAUACGGUUUAA